AUGGAGACCCUCGGGGUCAGCGAAGGGGCAGAGACAUACUGUAGUUACUCUCGUAGCCGCCAAGGCAUAGCCAGACCUCCGAAGCACCUGUGGCGGCAGCCCCGGCACCCCAUCCGCAUCCAACAGCGCUUCCACUCGGACCCGGACAAGUGCGCGCACCACGCUGAGUCGGACGGAAGUCCGCGACCGGGUCUAAAGAAGGCGCGGCGCUCCUGGCCCACCUCCUUCCAUAGGCGCUUUGACUUGGAAAAUGGGCUCUCGUGCGGAAGGAGUGCCUUGGACCCUCCGGCCAGCGCAGGCCUGGGCCGGGCCAGCCAGACCUCUGCCCUGCACAGCCAGCGGCGGGAGUCCUUCCUGUACCGCUCAGACAGCGACUAUGAGCUCUCACCCAAGCCUAUGUCCAGGAACUCCUCCGUGGCCAGUGACCUACACGGAGAGGACAUGAUUGUGACGCCCUUUGCCCAGGUCCUGGCCAGUCUGCGGACGGUUCGGAGCAAUGUGGCAUCUUUCACCAACCUGCAAGGCCGCUGGACCGCAAAGUGGGCAUCUGGAGGGAACCCCGCAUCUGGCAGUCAGCUCCCUCCACCCACAGAGGACACUGGGCAGAAGUUGGCAUUGGAGACACUGGACGAAUUGGACUGGUGCCUGGACCAGCUAGAGACACUGCAGACACAGCAUUCGGUGGGAGAAAUGGCCUCCAACAAGUUCAAGCGGAUGCUAAACCGUGAGUUGAGCCACCUGUCGGAAACCAGCCGCUCUGGGAACCAGGUGUCCGAAUACAUCUCUAGGACCUUUCUGGACCAGCAGACGGUGGUGGAGUUGCCCAGGGUGACCCCCACGGACCGCCCUCAGCCCAUGUCUCAGAUCAGUGGCUUGCGUGAGCUUCCACACAAUGUCAGUCUCUCUGCUGCCACUGUUCCUCGAUUUGGUGUCCAGACUGACCAGGAGGGACAAUUGGCCAAGGAGCUGGAAGACACUAACAAAUGGGGGCUUGACGUGUUCAAGGUGGCAGAGCUAAGUGGAAACCAGCCCCUCACAGCCAUCAUGUUCAGCAUCUUCCGGGAGCGGGACCUGCUCAAGACAUUCCAGAUCCCAGCGGACACAUUCGUCACCUACCUGCUGACGCUGGAGGGCCACUACCAUGCUGACGUGGCUUACCACAACAGCCUACAUGCUGCUGACGUAGUACAAUCGACACACGUGUUGCUGGCCACACCUGCCCUCGAGGCCGUGUUCACAGACAUGGAAAUCCUGGCUGCCAUCUUUGCAAGUGCUAUUCAUGAUGUAGACCAUCCUGGGGUCUCCAAUCAGUUUCUGAUCAACACCAACUCCGAGCUUGCGCUCAUGUACAAUGACGUGUCCGUGCUGGAGAACCACCAUCUGGCUGUGGGCUUCAAGCUAUUGCAGACAGAGAACUGUGACAUCUUUCAGAACCUCAGUGCCAAACAGCGGCUGAGCCUGCGCAGGAUGGUCAUAGACAUGGUGCUGGCCACAGACAUGUCCAAACACAUGAACCUGCUGGCUGAUCUCAAGACCAUGGUGGAGACCAAGAAGGUAGCCAGUCUUGGUGUCCUGCUUCUGGACAACUACUCUGAUCGCAUACAGGUCCUGCAGAAUCUGGUGCACUGUGCCGACCUCAGCAACCCCACCAAGCCACUGCCCCUGUACCGCCAGUGGACCGACCGCAUCAUGGCUGAGUUCUUCCAACAGGGUGAUCGUGAACGCGAUAUAGGCCUGGACAUUAGCCCCAUGUGCGACAAGCACACAGCCUCCGUGGAGAAGUCCCAGGUGGGUUUCAUUGACUACAUUGCUCACCCGCUUUGGGAGACGUGGGCAGACCUGGUACAUCCGGAUGCGCAGGACCUGCUGGACACACUGGAGGACAACCGCGAGUGGUACCAGAGCAAGAUACCCCGCAGUCCCCUAGCCCCCAGCAGCCCCCAGAGGGGCGGUCUUGACAGAUUCCAGUUUGAGCUGACCCUGGAGGAGGCAGAGGAGGAGGAAGAAGAAGAGCAGGCAACACUAGAAGGGGAGACCUCAGAGAUACCUGAUACUGAGCUGAACCCCAAGACCAGCCUGCACCUCCAGCUCCCACAGCUGGACAACCAGAGGACCGUGGGGAAUCCUUUUGUGAACUCUGAGGAUAACACUAUGGCGGACUCCUUUGGCACCUAA